UGGCCCCAGGCUAAGAUGGAAUGCAGGCGGCCUUGGGGCCGAGGUGGUGGUGGAGAUACCGGGGACGAGAAAGACAAGAAGAAGAAGAAGGUUCCUGCUGUGCCAGAAACCCUUAAGAAAAAGCGAAAGAAUUUCGCGGAGCUGAAGAUCAAGCGCCUGAGAAAGAAGUUUGCCCAAAAGAUGCUUCGAAAGGCAAGGAGGAAGCUUAUUUAUGAAAAAGCUAAGCAUUACCACAAGGAAUAUAGGCAGAUGUACAGAACUGAGAUCCGAAUGGCUAGGAUGGCAAGAAAAGCUGGCAACUUCUAUGUACCUGCGGAACCCAAAUUGGCGUUUGUCAUCAGGAUCAGAGGCAUCAAUGGUGUGAGCCCAAAGGUCCGAAAGGUCUUGCAGCUUCUUCGCCUUCGCCAGAUCUUCAACGGCACCUUUGUUAAGCUCAACAAGGCUUCAAUCAACAUGCUGAGGAUUGUGGAACCAUAUAUCGCGUGGGGGUACCCAAACCUGAAGUCAGUAAAUGAAUUGAUCUACAAGCGUGGUUAUGGCAAAAUUAACAAGAAACGAAUUGCCCUGACAGAUAACGCCUUGAUUGCUCGAUCUCUGGGUAAAUUCGGCAUUAUUUGCAUGGAGGAUCUGAUUCAUGAGAUCUAUACUGUUGGAAAACGUUUCAAAGAAGCAAACAAUUUCCUAUGGCCCUUCAAAUUAUCUUCUCCACGAGGUGGAAUGAAGAAAAAGACCACCCAUUUUGUGGAAGGUGGAGAUGCUGGCAACAGGGAAGACCAGAUCAAUAGGCUUAUUAGAAGGAUGAACUAAGGUGUCUACCGCGAUUAUUUUUGUAAUCUGGUCAGUAAAUAAAGAGUGACUGUUUUCAAAUUGAAAUGUAUUGUUGUCUUGGUGACUUUGUGGUAGCCUGCCUCUGCUGUCCCUUAACUAUUGUGGCAAAUCUUGGUAUGUGAUAAAAGUAAGCCAAAUCAACAGCCUGUUGCAUGGAAAACUAGGGUACAAUUUUUAUCUUGUGGAAAACAUUCGUUGGGUUUAUUAAAGACUUUCUUUACGCAGAAGAAAUCUUACUUUUUCAUUUUUCACUUUUUAAUUGUGCCAUUGAGUUAACCAAAAUGGAACUAUUCUAAGAAAGCCUAUUUCACAGGCCUUUAUGCUUGAUUUAUAGGUAAGGUAAUAAAGUUCAUUUCACAAAUAAAAAUAAAUUCUGUGGCUGAAAUUCCAUUUUCUCAGACUUUGGUUUGCCUAUAAAGUACUGUGUAAACAUGUUGUUUUCCUUUUGCAUUCCAUUUUUAUGUUCUUUUUCUUAUUUGGCAUCUUCCAUAUUUAGGUGAGUUUUUAAUAAUUCCAUAACAUAUUGUGUAUAUUAUGAGGGAAGAAAUGAAAUUUGUGUCCAUGGAUGCAAGUUAUUUUGGAGCAUCUAAAGCACUCAUUAUAAAACUAAUGAAUGAAAACUUGAAAUAGAAAGUUUUGGUAUUUCAUAAAUAACACUGCUGUAUGUUUUGUAUCAUCUCACCUAGUCUUAGUGAGCUGAAAGUUUUAACUGUAGAGUGUAACGUGAAGUUCAUAUAGUAAAAGUAGAAGUUUUUGUAGUCCUCA